GUCAAAAAGCCAAAGCUGGCGCAGCACUUGCAAAGAUGUGGGAGUUGGACGGUGAGUUGCAUCGAUUGCUCCAAGGUUUUCGCUUGGGACGAGUGGCAAUCACACACUAGCUGUGUAUCAGAGGCACAGAAGUAUCAGGGCAACCUUUUCCAGGCCAAAGAGAGCAGCAACAAAGGGCAGCUGAAGCAAGGUUCUUGGGUUGAUGGCGUGCGGCGAGCAAUCGAAGAUCCACAGACGGAUGUUGCGCCACAGAUAAGGAGCUUGGUGCAGAAGUUGCUGGGCUUUGACAAUAUCCCUAGAAAGCAGAAGGCCUUCGGUAACUUCGUCAAGAACUCCCUGAAGGUCUGGGAUGAAUCCAAGAUUGAUGCCAUGUGGAACGUGAUAGCCGCUGCGAACUCCAAGCCAGCUGACGCAAAGCCAUCUGGACAUGCAGCAGCCGAACCGGCGAAGACGCAAAAGGCGAAAGCUUGGCCAGGUUGGAAGCGUGCCAUUGAUGAUGAACUGACCUCGGGCGCGAUGCCCUGGAAGCGUCUGUGCGCAUGUGUCGUUGAACGAUAUCGUGACAGUGGCCAUGCUGGUGACUAUGACGAGCUUGAACUGCAGGCCCUGAGCAGCAUUCCUGAGGACUACUGCUCUUCGAAGACCCCAGAUGUCAUGCUCCGCACCAGCUGA